AUGGAUACUUCGAUAAAUAAUUAGAGAUCUUCGUUAAUUGUUAAAUUGAAAGAUGUACUCGUCAAAUUCAAAUCAAUUUAAACUUAUUUUGUUCAAAUCAGGAUUACUUUGAUGCCCUUAAUUUGUUAAAAAUAGAGUAUCAAAUCAAAAUUUUCAAAUAAUCUAAUAUUUUGAUCAAUGAUUUGUUUUCACAAAAUAGUUUUGUAUAAGUAUUUUAUAUUUUAACUUAGUUUGAAACUGAUGAGUUCUACAAGUAAGCAAAUGAACAAGUCAUAAAAACUAUUAUUAUUAAAAUUACCAGCUAGGUCCAUCAAACUUGCACAAUAAAUAAUACAAAACAAAUUCGUUAAAUUUUCAGUUAGAAUAUAUUCUCAGCUUUGUAAUAUUAAUAUUUUAUGUAGAAAUGUGGAACUUGAAAUUAAUGGUAAUAGUAUUACUACAUUUAAAUAUGACAAAGUAAUUUCUUUUGUCGAUUUUUCAAGAGUUAAACUUAGGGGAAUUAUUUUCACUCCUUUUGAUAUAGAUAAUACCAAAUCCAUAAUCCUUUAAAGCUCUUUUAAUUAAAAAAUAGAAUUUAUUGAUUUAAUAUAUACAACAGAAGUAUCGAAUCAAAAACAAUAAAUUUUUUUAAGAAACACUAAUUCAGUUUUAAUUGAGAAUCUUAAAUUACAAAAUGUUGAUAUCAAAGAUGUAGAAGCCUUUAUUACAAUCGAUUAAAUCCCCCAAACUUAGUAUGUCAAAAUAUCCAAGUUUGAAAUUUAAUCAAAUAAGUUCCAGAAUUUGCAUUUAUUCCUUCUGAUUGUAAAACAGGACGAUAUUGUAGAGAUUUCGAAUGUUACAAUAAAUUCUCGAUUCUCGAAAUCAUCAUUUUUAAAAAUAGUAGGUGGAAAUAUCACUUUAAAAAACAUUGAAAUAAAAGACAGUUUAUUAGCUGAUAUCCAAGGUCAUUUUUAUCUAGGAACAAUACCUUUUGUUGAAAUUAAUCAACUUAAAUUGUAAAAUUGCAUAUUAACUAAUUCAACACUUAUAUUAUUGAAUAGAUAUUCUAUAUUAAUCAAUAUUGACUUUAGUAAUAAUCAAUUCUUAUAAAAUUCCAUUGGCAUUUCUAAUCAAAAUAAUCAGGUUGAAAAUUAUACAUUUUUAAAUCUUGCAUUUUAAUUAAGUAAGUAUGACGAAACCUCUAGUUUGAUAACAAUAAAAUAAAGCUUUAAUACAAAUUAAGAAAUGGUUAUUAAAUAGUUACACAUGAUUGCCAAUGUUAUGAUUUCAAAAACAAGUAUGAAGGUUUUAGAGAAUUAAUUAACAUCUCUAAUAUACCUAUAAAUAUAAAAUUUAAGCAUAUCUAAUUUAUUAAUAGAAAGAGCCUACGGAAUAAGAGACAUAACGUUUGUUGAGAUAAAAACCUUAUAUCUAAACAAAAUAAAGAUUCAAUAACAUGAAAAAUAUUAAUUUAAAGGACUUCAUUAGUUUGAAGAUUGUUUUAAAAAAUCAAUUUUAAGUGAUUAUUAUAUAACAUCGCUUUAUCUAUAUGAUGUUUCAUCAAUAAUCAUUUAUAGCUUAAAUAUUACAAUGUCUCAAUCCAUCAAUUACCCAAUAAUAAAUAUACAGAACUCUUUAGCUUUAUCCUUAUAUAAAAAAUCUUUAUUUUUGAAGUAAUCAAGCUUUAAUAAUAAUUUGCUCAUACUAAGCGAUAAAACAAAAUAGACUUCCUUAUUUCAAAUGGGUUCAGAAUAGGAAUAUCAAAUAACUAUUAUAAACUCAACUUCUAAAUAAAACUUAAUGCAUCAAUAUGAAUAGAACGAUCAUUUAUUUUCAGGGUUGCUAUUCAAUUUUGACUGUCCUUUUUGUACCAUAAAUUUAACACAUUUCAAAGUUGAGGACAAUCUUGUUACCAAUACGACAGAUUUUGUAAUUCUCAUUAAAGCAUAAAAUAUAUCAUUUCAUAAAUCAUACUUCUUCCGAAACUCAAUAUUUGAUUACAGGCUCUUGUAACCAUACUUAUUGUGGGGAUUUAACCAAAAUGAAGAUAUUUUUAAUGAAUAAAUAAAGGAAAUUUUUCAAAUAAAAGUUCUUGCUGGAAAUGUUAAAUUUAUUGGAAGAUAUAUAUAAAUAAUAGAUUUAGAAAUCUCUAAUUCAUCAGGAUCGGCUUUUUAUAUCAAAACAGUAAAUGAUGGGUAUUUAUUUAUAAAAAAUACGAUAUUCACCCAUAUUACAACCAACUACAUUGAUUCUGCAGAAAAUGGUGGAGCAAUGUACAUAGAUACAUCAUUUGCUUUGAGAUCAGAUGUAUUAUUUUAAAACAUCACAGUAUUUAAUGUUCAUUGCAGAAACUAUGGUGGUUUUCUCUAUCUUGUAAACGGGUUGAAUUACGUGGAAAUCAGACUGAUAAAUAUCAAUAUAACAGAUGUUUACGCCUUUAAAGGUUCGAUAAUCUAUAGCGAAUUUUCGUAAAACGCGAGCUCAAAUUAAGAAUUAAAGAUUUCAGAGAUGAUAGUAAUAAAUAAUCUUCAAAACCAACUCUUAUUUCUGCAAAAAUAUAGCUAGCUUGAUGCAUCCUCAAUGUAUUUAUUGACCUUUCAAAGAUCCUUAAUUUAGAUUUCAAAUGCUUAAAGAUUUACUUUGGAAUAUGUUCAAAUAGCUAACCUAUAUUAUGAGUCACUAGGCUUCUUUAACAAUAUUUAAACCACUCUUAUAAAAUAGGUUUAACUAACUUAAUCUUAACUAUUGAAUUCUUUGUUAAUGAUUAAUGCAACUCCAAGCAAGUCUAAUAUAUUUAUCCACUCAUUAAAAUUAUAUAAUAUAUCUCUUUUAGAUAAAAUAAAUUUAACACCCAAAUCAAAAUGUUCAAAUUUAGACUCUAAAAUAGCAUCUGUAUAGUUUUAAUGUUUAGCUGAAUUCUUUAUAAAAUAAUCUCCCAUUAAUUUAACUUCGUUUAAGGAUGAAUUUUCUUUGGAUUGCUUAAUCUAGCAAAUGAGAACAUUUGAUAGAAAAUACAAUGCUAGUUUAAUUAAUAUCAACUCUUAUCACACUAGCACAAGCAUUUCAUCAGCAUCAUUUAAAUAUCUCAGUUGCUCGAAUGGGCUAAUUCUUAUCAAUUUCAAUAAUUAAUUAGGAAUGCUUAGGUUGUAAAGAACCACAAUUGAAAAUAAUGCUUGUGGGAAAUCAAGUUGUGUAGUUAUUUAAAAACAAAGCUCUUCAUUACGUAGACUAGAGAGCAUAAGUAAUUUUAUAAUUAAGUAAGAGUAUAAUUUUUAAGUACAAGAUUAUAUAUGUAAAUAUAACAUAGGUUAUGAAGGUACAUGUCUUUCAAUUUCUAAUAUCAAGACUAUAAUUGUUUCCUCUUUAUUUUUGCAUAAUUUAGCUCUAAAUUCCGGUGGAUCUAUUAUUGUAAUUGGACAUGAACUUUUUAUUUUAGGCUACUCUGUAAUCUUGAAUAAUACAGCUAAUUAAGGAGGAGGGAUGGCAAUUGCAAAUUAGAUAGUUGGAAAUUUAGCAAGGUUUGGAUCCUUAUUAAAUGAGAAUAUAGCAAGAUAAUUUGGAAAUAAUUAUGUUCAAAUACCAUCUUCGUUAUCAAUAAAAACUGAUUUGAACGUCAUCUUGUUUAAAAGAACCAUUAUCGAUUAAAACGAUUUGUUGAUAGAAUAGGUUCAAUUUAAGCCCUAUUAAGUAUUUAAAAAUACUUAUUCUAAUGCAUUGUAUGUACCAAAUGGGCAGAUUAUUUCAAAGUAUGAAUAUUUUGAUUGGAUAAAAGGGGAAUAUUUUCCAUAUAAUUUGCAUUUGAGAAUUGUUGCUUUGGAUCAAGAAGGGGCAUAAUAAAAUAAUUUGAAUGAUACAUAUUGUGAGAUCAAUAGUAGAUUACUUAAAGACAAUGAAACUACUGAAUUUAGCACAAAUUAUACAAGUUUUAACAAUGUGAGUUUUAAUGGGACAGAUUAUAACUUAGACGAUAUCAUUUUCUAUUUAGAUGAUGAAUUAAAUAUGACUUUAUAAUUGCAGUUUCGUUGUAAUUCUGUUUUAAUACCUAUUUAUGGAGAAAAACUUGAUAUAGUAGGUUACCAUAGUAAUUAUUAUUUGAGAAUAAAUAUUAAGACGCUACCAUGCUAAAUGGGUGAGAUCAAGAGAGCUUCUGAUUUAACUUGUUCGCCAUGCGAUGCUCAAUAAGGUUAAUUUUCUGUGACUCUCCAUUCUCAGAAUUGUACAAUCAUAGAUGAUUCCACAACUAAAGAUGUAACAUCUGCGUAAAUGAAUCUCAAAUCUGGGUAUUGGAGACCUUAUUUCUAUACUGACUAAGUUAGUUAGUGUAGCAAUUUAANUUUUCUUUGGAUUGCUUAAUCUAGCAAAUGA